AUGUCUAGCCAGCCACCACCUCCCCUGGAAGCGGAUGAGCAAGCUCAGCGCCGGCUCAUCAUUGAACGGGUCCUCAAGCGCGUCAGAUUAUCAAAGGCAAAGCGUGCAUUACAGACACGUCUUCGUCUGGCGGGCUUUAAAGCAUCGCACGGGUGGCAGGACGUCUCCUUUGAACAAAUCGAGCCACAGCUGAUGGGCACAAUAUUGAAGCAAAAACAAGUCGAACUAGCGCCAACACGAGUCCGCCGACAGUCAAAUCCCACCUCUCAACCCUCCGAACUAUCCCCGCACAUAUACCCUGGCAAUAAUCUUUCUCAGCCCGUGUGGGCAACCCCUGACCACAGACUUACCAGCUAUAAUUCAGAAGCUGAAAGCACUCACGCAUUUUCUCUCCGGACGACGCCUCAAAUGACCACUGGCACUUUCAGCGCACCGCCCUCAACCCAACCCCGAUCUCAAAUUCAACCGUUCUCAUACCCCCACACACCCGAACAAAUCAUCCGCUCAAAGUGGAGCAUGUCUCGAAUCCCCAGUCAGGCCCAUUCCAACACAACCCCCGAAGAUGACGAGCUCAGGGACCAAACCACAGCAGCUGAAAUGAUGCUUUUCCUAGCCACCGGAUCUCCUUCACCCGACCAUCGAUCGAUCAGCUCGGUCACCCAUAACAGAUGCCAUCAUCCUCAGCUCCAACCGCAAUUCCGAACAUAA